AUGGCAUUCGCCCUGAAAUUCCUGCAGUGGUUCGUCCGAGGCGUCCAGUUCGGCUCCGCGGCCCUCAUCCUCGCAAUCUACUCGUACUUCCUCGCGACGCUGCAUAACCACAGCCUACCGAUAUCGAACAAGAUCCGCGCCGUCGAGGGCAUCUCCGGCUCUGCCACGCUGUACACCCUCAUCGGCCUGCUCCUUCUCUGCUGUCUCGCCGGCCACGCCUUCACCUCCUUCGUGGCCAUCGUCCUCGACGUCGCCUUCAUCGCCGCCUUCAUUUACGUUGCCGUCGCCAACAAGGACGGCGCCAAUUCGUGCUCCGGCACCGUCAACACCCCCUUCGGCAACGGCCCCGCCGACGGCGAGCCCACGAACACCGGAAGCGAUGGCUGGACUCACCUCCCCAGCCUGAGAACCGCCUGCAAGCUGCAGUCUGCUUGCUUGGCCGUCGCGAUCGUCGCAAUCAUCUUCUUUAUCAUCUCCAUCCUCGUCGAGGUGGCCCUCGUGCGCCACAACCGCAAGGAGAGACGCUUCGGCCCUAGCCCCAAGAACAACUACACUUCGGGCUCCGGCGCCGGAGGUGGCUUCCUCAGUUCCUUCCGCCGUCGCGGACGCCAGAACACCGCCGCCAAUGAGAACGCUCUCCCCGUCCACACAAGCCCCGACCAAGUCCGUAACAGCUACGCCACCGAGACUACUGCCGUUGCUCAGGACAGCGGAUACCCCAAGUACGAGGGUGCCUAUGGUAACACUGCGACCGCGACGAGUGGUGGCUACGACUAUGGUCACGGUCACGAGAACGGUACCACCGCGCCUCCCGCGGGCUACCGUUAUAACGACGGCACUUACGACAGAGUCUAA